AGCAAUCAUAUCAUUAUUUACUGCAGCAUGCCAUGUGCAAAAAAUGGUGAUGCAUUAUUUUAAACAAAAUGAUUCCCGCCUUAACCAAAAAAUUCAAUACCAUUAGCCGCUGCAUUUUUAAGACCAUUCCAUGUUGACAUUCACAUGAACCAAACAAAACCCACAUUUCCUCUGUAAUUUUUCACUUCCAAACACUCAAAAUUUUCCACAAAUCUCAUCCCAUCUCAGCUCUCAAGUGAAUUGAGGAUUCUUGAAGUUUUGGACCAAAGGGUGUGUUUAGAUUUUGUUGAAUUUUUGUCAAAUUUGGAGAAGUGGGUUUUUUUAUUUUUUAUUCUGCUAUAGAGCUUAAGAUUUGAGUUUCAUGAUGAGUGGAGAUAAUUUCACAGAUGGGUUUGGCAAAACCCGUCCGGCUUUAGCCGAUGUGACCAAUCAUAAAAGGGGGUUUUUGUUUGAUUCAGGUGAUUUGGGGCUUAAAUCUGGUGAUGGGUAUGGUGGAAAUGUGUAUGGUGAAGAUGGGAAUUUGCGGAUUGCGAAAAAAGUGUGUUUAGGAGUUGAAAAUUCAGUCAAAAACAAAUGUGAAAGUAAGUUUGGAGUUGUAGAUGUUAGUGAAAAGGAUUUGUCCCCUACUUGUAGUGAGGUUGGUACUUCACUGGAGAAUGUUGCCUCUGCUGUUGUAAACUUACCUGAUAAAAGUAAGGAGACAUUGAAUAUUUUUGAUGGUAUUGUCCAUCUUGUUAAAGAUGACAGAAUACGUGAAAGUAGUGUGGAGGUUGGUGAUGCAUCAAGAGAUAGUUGUGUGUCUAGUGUUUCGAUGCCUGUGUUUUCUGAACCGUGCAAGAAAGAUUGUCGUGUGGUUGGAGGGAAGUGUCGAGAUGAGGAAGUGAGACUCACUUCUGGUGUUACACAAGUAAGCGAAGGAUUAGUAACGCGUGUUUUCAAAGAUAAUGAGAAGGAUCUUGGUCUUGGUAAUUUGACCUCAAGCAAUUAUGGGUCUAUUGAGUCGUCUAGAUUGCCUAAGUCACAUGGUUCUAAGAUCCAUAAAUUGGAAAGAUGUACUGGACUUAAGGGUGAUGGUUGUGCUAAUCUAAAUGCUGGUGACAAUAUUCUCAAAGGUUGCUCUUGUUCAUUUUGCUUGACAGCUAGUUAUAUUUGGUCGGACCUCCAUUACCAGGAUAUCAAGGGUAGAAUAUCUGUGUUGAAGAAGAGUCAGAAAGAAGCAAGCAUCUUGGUUCAAAGGCUGAAGGAGACUGGCACUCAUGGCCAAGGAAACAGUAAAUCAUUGAAUUUAGAAUCUGAUCUCACGAGUCAGUGGAAGUCACUCUUUAUUCGAAUGGAGGAUAUUUUUGUUCAUGAAAGCAACCAGCUUCACGCCAGUUUUAAUACGCUAAAGGAUUUGAGAGAGAACUGCAAGAUGGAUCUGGAGAUGAUCAAUGGAAUGGCUUCAGAAAAACUUUAGUUUUCUUUGGAGAUUGUAAGAAUGUCUCAUUACACUUGUUCAGUAGUUUGUGCAUGCUCUGCACAUGCUCGUGCGUGAUCCUGAGAAGUUGUAUAGAGAACUCCUUGAUGCCUUUACCAUUGUUUUAGAAUCUGGAACAAAUCCAAUUAACAUGUACUACUAGUGUUUCCUUUAAUGGUUGGACAAAAUUUUCCUGCAUGAGAGAUGAUUUUUUUUUCAUCGACCUCGAAUAAUGUAGCUUGGUACUUGGUAGUGUUAUCUACUUGUUUAUCUGGUUCAGUA